GUAAGCCAGUCUCGCUUCGAACACUGCUGCGUACACACGAAAGUCUAUGCUAAAAGCGGAACACGUGAAAUUACGUCUCCAUUUAAAAAGUUAAUACUUUCAAAUUACGAAUGACUCUAUGAUUUCAUAUCACUUUCUAAAACAGGGUUUUUUUUAAAACAUUUUUAAAGUAAGUGGACUGUAUUAAUUUUGUAACUGGCUGAAAAGUUAUACGAAGUUCAAAUCACAGUUAGCCGCUGUCGGGAAGAAAAUUAAAUGUUAAUGGUGGGCGCCUUAACCAUUCACCACCGCUUCGCUACACAUCAUACAUCAACUUUGAACGAAGAAAAAAGAUGACUUGAAAAUUACAAAAUCUCAAAAAUCCUUAAUGCUGUCCCGAAGACCACUAUGUCAUCGUAAUAGUCACCUAAACAAGAACAAGUAAAACACUAUGACAUACAACAUAACCGAAAAAAAGAUAAUACGCCUUCAAAUAAAACAACAUGAUAACUACAGAUACGUCUGGUUUAUGAUGCCAAGUUAAAAAUAGUAAAAAAUAUGCCCGAAGAAGAAUGGAUUCACAACGACACGAACAUAACCGACUUUCAAAAUGCAAACGUCACAGAUCUCAUCGAAAACAAAGCGGUUCAAGCGUUGUUUUGUACUGCAUACGCUAUAAUAUUCGUUGUAGGAAUCUUUGGAAAUGCUCUUGUCUGUUAUGCUGUCAUCAGAAACCGAGCCAUGCAAACUGUCACUAAUCUAUUCAUCACGAACUUAGCAUUAUCUGAUAUACUCCUAUGCGUAUUUGCAGUACCAUUUACUCCUCUUUACACAUUUCUCGGCAGAUGGGUAUUCGGCGGUCUGCUCUGCCAUAUCAUGCCCUAUGCUCAAGGAUGUAGCAUCUAUAUUUCUACUCUCACUCUCACGUCGAUAGCCAUAGAUAGAUACUUCGUCAUAAUUUAUCCGUUCAAACCGCGGAUGAAAAUUAAAACCUGUAUCGGUCUUAUUGUGUUCAUUUGGAUUUUCGCGCUAUCCGUCACGUUUCCGUACGGUUAUUACAUGGCGCUUGACGACAUCUAUUGUGACGAGCGGUGGCCUUCUGAUCAAAUCCAUAAAGCAUUUGGUGCUGUUACCACUAUCAUGCAAUUCGUUGUCCCGUUCAUUGUCAUGGCCUUUUGUUACACCUGCGUCAGCGUCAAACUUAAUGAUCGAUUGAAAUCUAGGCCUGGUAGUAAAAAUAGUAAAAAAGAAGACGCUGAAAGAGAAAGAAAAAGACGAACUAAUAGAAUGCUCAUAGCAAUGGUUGCUAUAUUUGGAUUUUCUUGGCUUCCACUGAACUUGAUAAAUAUAAGCAGCGAUUUUUAUUCGUUAACUGAGACUUGGACUUAUUAUAUGGUAAUAUUUUUCACGGCGCAUUUCAUAGCAAUGUCUUCCACUUGCUACAAUCCGUUCCUAUAUGCGUGGCUGAAUGAGAAUUUCAGGAAGGAAUUUAAGCAGAUACUUCCAUGUUUAGGGGCUUUUGUGACUAAGAAGAAGAGAAAAUGCAAUCAGUCAGAUAGAACUGGGGCGUUUCGUUCAGAAAAAACUUGUAACGGGAACGACACAGUCCAAGAAUCACUUUUGACAUCAACUGUAAAUAAAAUGCCUUCGGUUAGAUAUAAAAUUGAGUUCAAUGAAAGACUUAAAGAAUUUGACGAUGAAGCAGACAAUAUAAGUCCAGAUGACAAGCCAGAGAGCAAUCCUAGUCCGAAUGAAGACUGCCUCAAUAUGUAUAUGCUGUCGGAUAAAACUAUUAUAACUUCAGAUAAGGAGCCUAUUGUUUCAGUGUUGUAAUAAUGGUAACACUCAUCAUUAGCGGCCCCAGUAGAUGGAAAUAUCUUAGUGAUUGUGAUAAAUAAAAAUAUGUAUAGACAAUCAUUCGUUAAUUCAUUUCAUAAAAUCAGUAAUGCGCUAACAAAUGUAAAAAUCAUAUUGUAUAAGUUUAAUAUGUAAUUAAACUUAAAUUUUAUGCUUCUUAGUAUACGAUUGUAAAUUAUAUAGAUAAGUAAAUCACAAAUGUAAAUAUCAUUAUUGGAUUUAGUGAUUUUUGGUAAUUGUAAAUAAAUUAUUACAAAAAAGUAUUUGCGUCAAUUUAGUUCCAUCGGAACUAUGAGCCCAUUGUCGAAGAUACUUUUUUAUGUAGAUCAAAAUGUACGCGUAUUUUUUAUAAUUGUAAACUAAUUGUAUAUGAAUGAUGCAAUGCCUUGUAAUUAAAGUCAAUGGUGAAAACUCGUGCAAUUUGCUGUCGUUAAAUAUAUCAAUAAAAGUAUGCCAAAGGUAA